UUUACUAGAAAUCCCUCCGACGGGCACAAUACAGACGCAUCCUUAAGCCGAGGCCUAGCGUCGGGUCGGCAAACGCCAUCCCCACUGUGGGGCACCCACUCAAAUGCGAGCGCCUUUGAUCGUGGUCUCAGUAGCCGUCGUGAUUACCAUGUGGCCUCUUCAAGCAAGGGUAGGGAACCUUUCUUUUGCGCAACUGUCUCUCUGGUCGAACAGGAUAUACUAAGGGAGGCUAUUCUUACUCUUUCGGGAGCAAGUGGCUCUCUGAUUCAAUAUGACCCCACUCUUGAUGCCUUUAUGCCCGCCCCACACCUUACUCUCUCUCCGUCUAUGCAGACGCAUAUAUUGCGUAUAUCUGUGUGCGGUUGGCUAUACAAUCGUAUUAGAAGCUUCGUCGAUGGUACUCGUAACGACCCUAACUCUGGGAAAGUUUCCCUCUCGUUGGCUUUCUCAAUCGAUGAACAGUUAACUGAGUACCUCCGAUUAGUCACAACACUUGAGGCGCAGAUGAAUCGCGAUUUGGAGGCAGAAACGAUCGAUACCAAUCUCAAUUCUGAGAAAGUGUCGCGGCAGUUUUCCUCGACUGCCCCCUUGAUGCAUUCCUUAGUGGAUGGUAGUCAAUCGGAAACUAGUCCAGGCAUGCGAUCUCUAACGCUUGUACAGCUGUCGCACUGGCUUAUGGAGCCCAAAAGACGUCUCAAGAUCCUUGCCUCUCUAGUCGACUUAUGCGCUCCGUUAAAGGGUGGUGCACUCGUGUCUAAGGUCUAUGAAAUGAGCCAGAAUGGUGGGCCACAAAUUCAGUCAAUGCUCACUACUAUCCUUGUAAACGUCACACGGACUAUCUUUGAAAUGAUUGCGCUGUGGACAUAUGACGGGCAACUUAUGGCCGAUGCCAACCAGGAAUUCUUCAUCACCGUCAAUCCCUCUGUGGAAAAAUCGAACUUGUGGACCGAUAAAUAUGGCCUUCGAAAAUCAAUGGUCCCUGUUUUCAUCCAUAGGGAACAGGCUAGAAAGAUCUUGCUGGUCGGGAAAUCUGUCAACUUUCUUACCCAUGUAUGCAACGAUUCUCUUGUUUUCAAAGACCUAGAGGCAAUUCGUACGACACGAAUAAAACAAAUCAAGUCUAUCUUCGAUCAGGUGUUUGACAACUCUUUUGACGGAAUGAUCUCUACUGCCUAUACGCAUGUUUCCAAGCACCUUCUCACCAUCCUAUUUGAUAAAUAUCACUUCGUAAACCACCUAACGGCCUGUCGGAAGUUCCUACUCUUGGGCCAGGGCGAUUUUAUCCAACGUCUGAUAGAUCUACUGGAGCCAGAACUUGGGCUGCCAGCGGAGAACGUAAUGCGCCAUCGCCUUAACGAAAUACUGGAGACCGCGAUUCGUGACACCAACGCGCAAUAUGAGGGCUCAGAAAUUCUCCAAAGACUAAAUGUCGAGAUCCUCGAGACUGCUGAUGGUGAUAGUGGUUGGGACAUCUUCUCCCUGGGUUACACGGUUGACGGCCCUCUCUCUACCAUCUUCACUCCCGACUGUCGUCUCUUCUACCUAAAGGCCUUCAGCUUUCUCUGGCGCCUUAAACGUAUGGAAUUCACCCUUAGUGCACUGUGGCGCGAUCAACUUCUGCUUGCGCGUCUGCCCCAUAGGCUUUCCGCAGACCUAACACCCGUCCUCCAUGUGGUUCAGCUUCUUGGGGCGGAGUUCCGGCACUUUGUUUUGCAGUUACAGUACUAUGUUAAUUUUGAGGCUCUGGAAUGUGCUUGGGUGGCUUUGGGGACUAAACUUAACUCUGCCAACGAUCUGGACGAAGUUAUUGAGGCUCACAAGGCGUUUCUGAGCAAUGUGAUUUCUCGUUGUCUGCUGGAUCAGAACUCGCGGGAUCUGCGAUACCACUUGAGAGCCAUUUUUGAUGUAAUUGUCAACUUCUCUCAACUCAAUCAGGAUCUGCAAGAUUUGGCUAUGGAUGAACUUGUGAUCAGAUCUCAGUUGCAAGAGGAGAUUGAGGCUUCAGCAAGGGUAGGACAAUGGGGAACAUGCGACACUCCGGAAAGUCGGGAAAUGGUCAGGCGUCAGGUAUUCAUUGAGGCCACUGUCAGCCCUUUGAUUGCACGAAUUCGCGUUCUUGCAUCCAGCUAUAGAAGCAUGGUUACGGAGUUUAUGGGUAUGCUGCAGAACCACACAGAUCAGAACCUGCGUUUUCUGGUUCAAAAUCUCAACUUCAAUGUUCACUACAUCAACGGUUUCAUGGAGGUGUGA